CUCCUCCUCACCCUCCCCUCCCUGACUCCCCCAUCCUCGGCUCUUCUUGGAUAUAAAGGCGCCGCGGAGGAAAAGGCAGGCGGGUGUUUGUCUCCAGCAUCGGUCCCAAUGCGACACCCCGGAGCCUCAAAGUAGCCGGUUAAUGUGACGCGUGGAGCGCUGAAGGUUGAAAACUUUACUCUGGAAUCUCGAUAACCUUGAAUGUCGACAUCAUGGCCUGCGGAGAUCCGUCUCUAUGGUCCAGGGAGACUGUGAGUGGAGUGAGUGAAGAGGAUUUUGUGAAUGCGUACACUGAUGUUCCUGUUGUGCAGAUCACCUCAGCACGGGAACUUGAACGAAGUCUCAAUAAAAUCCGGGAAAUCUGCUCCGAUGACAAGCACCACUGGAACAUCAGACUCAAUGGGUUGAAGAAAAUCCGGUCAUUGGUGAUCGCUGGUGCUGCCAACUACGACUGUUUCUACCAGCAUCUGCGGCUGCUAGUGGGCGCCUUUCAGUUGUCCGCUAAAGAUCUGCGGUCUGUGGUGGUCAGAGAGGCCUGCAUCACUGUCUGCCACAUUUCCUCGGUUUUGGGAGACAAAUUUGCUCAUGGUGCCGAGGCCAUAGUCCCAGUCCUCUUCAAUCUCAUUCCCAGUACGAUCAAAGUCAUGGCUGCAUCGGGUCUGACUGCUAUCUGCAUUAUCAUGCGGCACACGCACGUCCCGAGACUCGUCCCCUUGAUAACUAGUAACUGCACUUCCAAGUCUGUUCCUGUCAGAAGAACAUGUUACAAUUUGCUCGACCGUCUGAUGAAGGACUGGGAAACCGAGUCCCUGGAGAAGCAUUCAGCCGUGUUGAUUGACAGCAUCAAGAAAGGAGUUCAGGAUCCAGACAUGACUGCCAGAGAAGGAGCCUGCAAUGCCUACUGGAGUCUCAAGAAUCAUUUUCCUAAAGAUGCAAAAGCUUUGUUCACCUCUCUGGAGCCGGCGUAUCAGAAGACUCUCAUCUCAUCCUCCUCUCAGGAGGGAAGUCAGCAACAGUUUUCCAAAGCACCAACAAGUCAAAUACAGAGUCCUGUGUAUUCCAGAGGACGCAAGAAUACCAAGAUGUCCUCUCACUCACAGCGAUCUCAGUCUGCUACCCCUUUUAGUGCGGGCAGCCGCAGCUGUUCUCCCGGGCGUUUGCUGACUACUACCGCCCUCAGCACCGUGAACACCAGUGUUCUCCAGAGGCAAGCAUCUGCUGGUAAUAAUGAGGAUCCCAAAAGGCAAAGGCGCUUUUCCAGAGGCGCAUCCCCGACCCGCCAAAAUUCUUCGCCCCCAAGCACAACUGUUUCUCAGAAUGAAGGCAGCAAAGGAGCUCGGAGAAGUCGCAUCCCUCGGCCCAGUGUUAGUCAGAGCUGCAGUCGAAAUGCCAGCAGAGAAAGCAGCCGGGACCCCAGCCCCGUACGCUCUUUCACAGCCAUCUCGUCGCGGAGCUUCUCUCGUUCCACAGGGAAUCUGCACAUUGCUGACUCUUUUGGUCCCGCAGGUACAGAUUUUGGCAGUCAAUCUGGUGACACCGCGCGGUAUCCUAUCUCCGGCAUUAACAUGGAAGAGGCUCUUGCAAGGAUUCGGCAAGAUAUAGCUGGGCUGCGGAACCAUGAAAGCUAUGGCGUGAGCUCCGAUAACAGCGAUGGGUCCAGUGCUUGUUCAGAAAGAUCUUUGGGAUCCAGGAAUGGAGGCUCCAUCCCCAGUUACAAGAGAAGAUCGAGAGACAAAACUGAGCCGGACGAACCCGUGCAGCGCAACAGCGAAGGCUAUUUCAUAAACUCUGACGACAGUGAGGCGUCCAGUGCCUGUUCUGAGAGAUCAUCCGGCUCCAGAAAUGGUGGCGCUAUCCCAGCCUACCGGAAGAAGAUUGAAUACACACCUGAGAUGUGCUUGUCAGUGAGUGGCCAAGUGUUGCAUCACCUUGCCAGUGCGAAUUGGUCGGAGAGGAAAAAGGGGCUGAUAGAUCUGCAGGCCCUGCUGAAGAGUAAACAUCCGCUCCGGCAAUCCGAGUUGAAAAGACUUUGCGAUCUUUUCACUCGUAUGUUUGAAGAUCCUUACAGUAAGCUAUUCGGUAUCUUCCUGGAGACGCUCGUCGAUGUCAUCCUGGUUUACAAGGACGAGAUGCAUAACUGGCUGACAGUCCUGCUCACGCAGCUUCUGAAGAAGAUGGGGUGCGACUCGCUUCUGUCUGUUCAGUCCAAACUUCACAUCGCUCUCGAUGUCACAAGGGAGUCGUUCCCAAGUGGCCUGCAGUUUAACGUACUCAUGCAGUUGCUUAAUGGCCGUGGAGUCAGUGUCAAGGUGAUGGCGGAGGCUGUGAAAUAUAUGGAACUCCUGACAACACAAAUGGAAGCCUCUGACUUUGUGAAUUCCACCGACACACAACUGACAGUGUCUUAUCUGGUCAACUGCACAAUGGAAUGUGACAACUCUGAGACUGCCCGGUCGGUGCUAAUUGCGCUUUACCAGCUCAACACAACAGAGUUCAACAUGCUACUAAAUGAUCUGCCUGACGUCUUUCAAGUCGGUGCCAAAAGAGUCAUUGAAGACCAUCUGAAGAGCGACGAUGAUGCUGCCGAGAACCUUUCCAGUCCUGAGGACAUUUCUGAUCCACAAGGUCAUGAAGAGGAGGACGACGAGGCCAGCCUCGAGGAAUCACUUAGUCAAGCCCUCAUGAGCUCUUCUGUCUCUGACGCUCCACGUCAGAAGACCUCGAGUCUGGACACCACAAGCGUAUCCAUCCCUCACCAGUCAGACCGUGUACCCAAGAUCCUCAAGGGCCUGUCGAGUGAGGAGACAGAAGAGAAGGAAAAGUCCCUGCUGGAUCUCCAGAAUCUCAUCAAUGAAAACCCACUUCAAAUCUCAAACUUGCAUUUCAAGUCGAUGCUGUCGCUCUUGAUCGAGGCCACGGAGGACGUGGAGCAUGGGAUUCGGAUACUUUCUUUUCGUGUUCUGGGGGAGUUUCUCAUAAGGAAUCCAUCGAGGUUCAAGGACCAUGCAGAAAACUUGAUUAUGAAGACCCUGGAGGCGCACAAUGACUCCAACAAGCAGGUAGUACAAGAGGUGGAGAAAACGGCUUCCAUCUUGGCGCUUUCCAUCAGCCCUGAAAAAUGUGUGAGACUGGUGUGUCCGGUCAUCCAAACGGCAGACCAUCCCGUUAACCUCGCCGCCAUCAAGAUGGUAACCAAGGUGGUGGAGAGGAUCCCCCCAGAGAACCUUGUUAGCCUGAUGCCUGAAAUUAUGCCUGGACUUAUCAGGUGUUUUGAAGACAGCGACAUAGGUGUGAGGAAAGCCUGCAUCUACUGUUUUGUGGCCAUUUACUCCGUCAUUAACGAAGACCUUGAACCACACCUCAGCCAGCUGCCUCGCUCCAAGCUGAAGCUGGUGCGUUUGUAUAUAGAGCGGUCCUGCGAGUCAUCACCGUAGAGGACAACACUGACCUGACGCUCCUCAAUUGUGAUUGCAGCUCAUUUUAAGGAGUCAAUAAAGACAGUAACCACAGAGGUCUGCAUCACAUUGUUGUUGUUUUUUUAUACAUCAAACACUAAUUUCAUAUUGCGGUGCAUAUACAGUGUACUUCAAGUGUCAACGCGGUGGUCUUCCUUGGUAUAUAUUGAGACAGAAGGAUGAAUAAAACAAUGUAAAGUGAAAUGUAUACACAAAUUCAGUUGUGUGGGUUGGUAGAUGGAUUCCAGACAUUGAGAAACUCCAGAUUCAAAACUUUUAUCUGUCAGUGAAUGUUUUCAUAAAUCAGUGUUUUAUCAUUUACACAUGUAAGAGUAAGGGGAGAUGCUGUGUUUUUGUUCAGGGGAUUGUACAACUGAGUAUUGUAUGCUAUUACCUCACCAUAACAAUAAAAAAAGUAAUAAAAGAAUAAGUAUACAAACUAUGGC